AUGGUAACAACUGAUGCAAUUGAAUUUAGAAAUUUAGAAACACCAUUAGUGGGUUCAACUUAUGAAAAAAGAGUCUGUCAAUACCAUCAACAUUCACACACUAAAGCUAAUAAGACAUCAGCUGAACAAGAGAUAAUCAAAAGACAAGACAAUUAUCCUUCAGUUAAAGUUACUGGUUUAUAUCAAUUUAAUCGUUUCUUACAAAUGAUCUUAAUAUUCAAAUACGAACAAUCUGUUCCUGAUUUCAAAUUGAAUAAUAAAAUUAGAACAGCUGCAAGUGGAGUUAAGAAUAAAAAUUUAGAUGAAUCUGUUCAUUUGAGUAUCAAAAAUAAUAUUUUAAAUUAUCAUAGUGCAAUUGAAUACAAAUCAUUAAUCGAUCAACUUUAUAUUCUAAUACUUAAUCGUGAAACAAAAAUUGAUGAAUUAAAUGAUUUAACUGAUAUUAAUUUUGAAACUGAAUGGAUUCGUAUGGACAGAGCAUUAUCAAAAAUUUUAGCCAUUGAAAAAUCAGAUCCAACUACAAGUUCUAAUACAAAUUUUAAAUUUGAUAAAUCAAAAUUCUAUAAAAACUACAAUUGCUUAAUUUGUGGAAAAACAUCACAUCUUACCACUAAAUGUUAUUCAUUUCAAAAAUUGCCAAAUUUAAAUAUUAGAUGA